AUGCAGGAGAUUAGUGGGACGUCGGCUUUGCCAAGUUACUCCCGACCACCGAGGCGAUCGGUGAGGUCCAGGGAAGGAUGUCUGACCUGCAAACGCCGCAAGGUCAAAUGCGACGAGUCCAGGCCCCGAUGCAGUCAUUGCGAGCGUCUGAACCUGGAAUGCAAGUGGCGGCCGCAGAGCAGUAUCACCGCCGCUCACUCGAUGCUGGCAGCCGCAGGCCCUUCCGGGCCCGGCCACAGUCCGGCCGUGCCGUCCCAUGCUACCGAUGCCUCCGUGUCGCCGGCUGCGUCUGUCUUCCAGCCCAUGCAGGCCGUCGAUGAGAUAUUCGACUAUGCCAGCUUCAUGUGGGACGCUGGUGAUGCCUGGCAGCAAGUCAACCCGGAACCAGGCCCGCAGAUGAGCCUCGAUGGACAGGUUUUGCGAACUCACUAUGGAAGUCAGCCUCUGGGAGGUCGGCAGGCACCACUCAUGAGCAGUCCGCCGAACCUCAGCUUCCCGAAUCGAACUGCCAUGGACGGCUUGCCUGACCCAUCACCUAUUCCCGAUGCCGGCAGUCAGUCAGAGCAGGUCAUGGCUCUGAAUGUACCGACAGAAGAUGACCGACUGAUGGAUUACUUCAGCCGUGUAGUCGUACCACCUAUACUCGCCGAGGUCGAGACACAGAAGAAGUGGCUAGCAAUCCGCCAGGUCGUCGUUGAGAUGGCCGGCGCGUGUCAGAUGGUCAAGUGGGCAGUCCUCGCCUUCUCAAACCUCAUGUUGUCUCGCCGCGAGAGUACCUGGCUCGCCAGCCCCGAGGAUCAUUACCAGAAGGCCGUGUCGGAGGUGGCAGCUUGCGGCGAUGAAUCAUCACCCGUGACUGAAGGCCACAGCUCCCGCCGAGAACACUUGCUAGCAACCCUCUUCUUUCUGAGCUACGUCGAUAUCCUGAGAGGACAGAUCAAGGCGGCGGACUCCUUUUUGAAAAGGGCUUAUGGGCUGUUCCAGCAAGGGGAGAAGAGCAGCUUCGCCGCCAUCGAGAAGCAGUUCCUGCAGUGGAUGCGCCUCCUCGACGCUCGCGCCGUCUCCGCCGGCGGGCAGGGGCUGCUCUUGUCCAAGGAUGACGAGCUGCUCCUGGUCGAAGCAUCGCCGGCGAGCUUUGACGGAGGCGUCGCCGACUCGGCGAGAGAGGACCUCGCCGACGGCGACAUCGAAGACGUCUUGUUUCAGGUGCUGUAUCAACCCGGAAUCGUCUUCUUUCAAAAGGUACAGAGCUUCAUGGGACGGAUAUCCAAGAUCGACCCUUGGCACCGGUCCCGCGGCACGGUCGAGGACGAAACGGAGGUCAUGAACAUCGGGGCCGCCAUCGCCGCCGAUCUACGGACCCUCUACGAACAGCGGCCGCCGCUGAUGGACUACGCCGUGGCCGGGAAGCUGACGGAGCCUCACGUCUCCCCCCAUCUCGCCUUUGUCAUAACCCGCGCUUUCCGCACCUACCUCGCCAACUACCACGCGAGCAAAGUCCACUUGCACAGGGUGGCGUACAAGUCGUUCCCGCUGACAAAGGAGGCGGACGACGCCCUGGGUCAGAUCCGGCGCCUGGCCAGGCUCCUCGUCGACUCUCUGGACGCAGACAACUCGCUGCCGGUCAACAUGCUUUGGCCUCUUCUGAUGCUGGGCUCCGAGGAGCAGGACCCCCAAGAGAGGAUCUGGAUCAAGACGCAGAUCCUGCGGAUGGAACGGGUCGCCGGCAACGCCAAGAUCACGGCCCAGGUGCUGGAGGAGGUUCAGGCGAGGCAGGAUGCCGAGAAGGUCCGGGUUGACAUUCGAUCUGUCAUGCAUGCCAUCUUCAACUCGUGCUUCGCAAUAGUCUGA